UAAAUUAAACACAUGAUCAUGAUUUUGUGAUUUAUGUUUGACUUAAGUAAAAGUGAAGAAAAUUCCCGAAUAAAACGAGAGUACAAAAGAUUUUUGAAAUAAUUUAAAUUUCAUAUCUGCGUAACGAGCACAUCAUGGAUAUUUCCCCUCGCGAUCCAUCAAACAUGACGUUUUUCACGUUUGAGAAAAACCACGAUGCCCUAGCCUUUGAUGGGUUUCUCAGUCGACGUUGGACCGACUCCUUCCUGUAUUGUGGACUUUAUCUUGUUAUUAUAUUUGGUGGUCAACAUGCCAUGAAAAAACGCGAGAAAUUCGAACUUCGGACGAGCCUGGCUAUUUGGAGUGGACUUCUAGCUGUGUUUAGCAUUAUGGGUUCCAUACGUAUGAUUCCAGAGCUGAUUUGGGCGUUAAGAAAGCAUGGAUUUGAAUAUUCUUACUGCAAUGGAUCAUUUCUAGAUCAGGGAAAAGUUACAAGUUUUUGGGGGUGUUUAUUCGCACUAUCGAAGGUGGCAGAACUCGGUGAUACAGUUUUUAUUGUUUGUGAGAAAGCAACAGCUGAUAUUCCUGCAUAUGUUUAUAACAAUCGUCUACAACUUGUUCAAAUGAUUUCAGCCCUCGUUAUAACUGUAUUAUCAUAUAGGAGCUUGUCUGCUGGUAGAGAUUGUAUGAAUAACUAUAGAAACAUUGGCUGGAGUAUGAUUAUGUACUUUAGUUAUCUCCUGCUGUUUGCUAGAUUCUUCUACAUUAACUAUAUACAGAGGAAAUCAGCAGAUCGUGAAAAGAAAGAGUAAAAUCUUUAAAAAAAAAAAACAUACAGAAAAUAAACAUUGUAAGAACUGAGUUUUUUCAUGUCUUGGUGCAAUAACUAUAAUAUAAUACUCGAUUUUAAAGGCGUGGUCAGGAUCAUUAAAUAGAACGACUGAAACAAGUUUCUCAUUAUCUUUUAAUUUUAAAAUGAUCUCGAGCUUGAUUGUGUGAUACUAUAUUCAAACUUUGAUAUUACAUAAAAUGUGUACCUUAAACUAAAAUAUAAUUUGAUUAUUAGAGGAUGUUAUGUCACCAUUGACUGAAAGGAUUCAUUGUUAACCAUGACACUCCUGGGUUUGUAA